AUGGUCCACCCAUCUUCUACCUGCUGCAGAAACUCCGGUGACGGAAGCUGUGUCUGCGCAGCCCAGGCCAAGUGCUCCUGCGGCAAAGAGAACGCCCUCCACUGCACCUGCAACAAGUCUGCCACCGAAAACACCAUCUCCGGACCCAGAUGCUCAUGCCGAGCCCGUCCGGCUGGACAAUGUACCUGUGAGCGCGCAACCACCGAGAACCACCCCGUGACGGGUGAUGCGUGCCCCUGCGGCAAGAGACCGUCUACGUCCUGCACCUGUGAGAAGGCUAGCGCGGUUGAUGCGGCGGCUGAAGCCAUCGAGAUUGAUUUCACCACUCGUGCUUGA